AUGUCUGUUCCAGAAUAUUCCGCUGCUACUAAAGAUCUACCAAAGCCUUUAGCUACCAAAUGUCCAGUCAUCACUGAAAAGUUCGUCAAGGCUUACGGUGCUGAACCAGACUUCAUCGCUAGAUCUCCAGGUAGAGUCAACUUGAUCGGUGAACAUAUCGAUUAUGCUGAUUUCUCAGUCUUGCCAUUGGCCAUCGACGUCGACAUGUUAUUGGCCGUCAAAGUUCUAAACGAAAAGAACCCAUCUAUUACUCUAACCAAUUCUGAUGCCAGAUUUGCUCAAAGAAAGUUCGACUUACCAUUAGAUGGUUCUUACGUUGCUAUUGACCCAUCUAUUUCUGACUGGUCUAACUAUUUCAAGUGUGGUCUACAUGUCGCACAAGAAUUUUUGAAGGAAAUUGCUCCAAAAUUCCAAACUGCUCCAUUAGUCGGUCUACAAAUCUUCUGUCAAGGUAACGUCCCAACUGGGUCCGGUCUUUCCUCCUCCGCUGCCUUUAUUUGUGCUACUGCUUUGGCCAUCAUUAGAGCCAACAUGGGUAAGGACUACCAUUUGACUAAGCAUGAUUUGACCAAGAUCACUGUCGUCGCCGAACAUUACGUUGGUGUCAACAAUGGUGGUAUGGAUCAAGCUGCUUCCGUUUGUGGUGAAGAAGACCAUGCUCUAUACGUUGAAUUCAAGCCUGAAUUAAAGGCUACUCCAUUCAAGUUCCCACAAUUGAAGAAGGGUGAUGUUCAAUUCGUCAUUGCUAACACUUUGGUUGUCUCUAACAAGGUCGAAACUGGUCCAACCAACUACAACUUGAGAGUCGUCGAAGUUACCGCCGCCGCUAAUGUCUUGGCUAAGAAGUACGGUGUUGUCUUGAAACAUGAAGGUGCUUCCAGUUUGAACAAGGGUAACUUGAGAGAUUUCAUGAACGCUUACUACGCUAGAUACCACAACGCUGAAGCUUGGGAUGGUGAAGUCGCCACUGGUGUCGAAAGAUUGAACAAGAUGUUGGAAUUAGUCGAAGAAACUUUUGCUCCAAUGAAGGCUGGUUACACCGUCGAACAAGCUGCUGAAUCUCUAGGUUGUUCCAAGGAAGAAUUUACUAAGGAUUACUUAACCACUUUCCCAGUUAGAUUCCAAGUCUUGAAGUUAUACCAAAGAGCUAAGCAUGUCUACUCUGAAUCUCUAAGAGUUUUGGAAGCUUUGCAAUUGAUGACCAAGGCCAAAUUUGCCUCUGAUGAAGAUUUCUUCAAGCAAUUUGGUGCCCUAAUGAACCAAUCUCAAGCUUCUUGUGACAAAUUAUACGAAUGUUCUUGUCCAGAAACUGAUAAGAUCUGCUCUAUCGCUCUACAAAACGGUUCUUACGGUUCUCGUUUGACUGGUGCCGGUUGGGGUGGUUGUACCGUUCAUUUGGUUCAUGGUGGUGAAAACAACAGUGUCGAAAGAGUUAAGAAGGCUUUGAUUGACCAAUACUACAAGGUCAAAUUCCCAAACAUUACUGACGCUGAAUUGGAAGAAGCUAUUAUUGUUUCUAAGCCAGCUUUGGGUAGUUGUUUGUACGAAUUAUAA